AUGAUGAUCGCAGCUCCAACAUCAUCGUCCAAAAGGGUCGAAGACGGAGGCAACUUCUCAGCAGAUUCACAACAAUCACCACCAAUUAAUUCUGAUGACGAGCAGCUUGACGACACUCCGUUUUUGAGUCAUCAACUGUCCGACGAUCACGAAUCGUUUUCUGAGAAGUUUCUACGCAACAUUCUGACACACGAUUAUCAGAAUCUGAUGCCACGUCGAAGAGAGAAAUUUGUCGAAAUCACAAAAACUGUCACCGUCACAGAGAUAGUCAACGGAGCACCAGAUAAGCAUCCGUCAUCUUGUGAAGUUAAAGUGACAAACGUUUCACCGGCUGGCCCUCAUCCGGUUAACGUUUCAAUCAAACAUUUACACGAGAAAUGGCAUUCCUGUGAAGAGUUGGACAAAUCAGACGACGGAGGAGACUUGGGAAAAGGGACCGUUAUUCGUAUUCAAGAGACACAUAAACCAUUCAAUUAUACUCAAAAGAAACAACAACAGAAACCUACUAAAUUUGUCUACGAAGACGUAGUUAAUACAAAGGUUUGUUAA